GAUUUUCCAGCCGUUAUUUUCUCUGUCACGCGCUUUGCAAGGCGGCUGGCGGGCGCAAAAGUGGCGCAAAGGAGAGCAAUUCGGUUCGGCCGUCGGCGUCACCCCUGCGCCGCAACGUCGUUCACAUCGACUCUCUCCUUGCCAUCGAGGGAGUCGUCAUCGGGUGCUGUUCGCGUCCGAAGUGUCCCCAAGUUUGGACCGCAGGCAAAAACGACAAUUACAAAGACGGAGUGCGUAAGUCCGUGUUGGCCAGCGCGAGGGCGGGGAGGGAGGGACAAAAUUAAGAAGAUCGAUCCUUCCUAAAUCGGACCAUCGAGAGAAUGGUUCGUGCCUUGUACACCACCCUGGCGAUCGGCCUCGCCCUUACCGUUUACGUUGAGCUUCCGAGAACUGUUUUGGCCAUCGACUUGAGUCGCUUUUACGGCCACUACAAGACUAAAAGAACCGGUGAGCCAUGCCACCCGUACGAGCCAUUCAGGUGCCCAGGGGAUGGAGUUUGUAUUUCGAUACAAUAUUUAUGCGAUGGUGCUCCCGAUUGUCAAGACGGUUACGAUGAAGACUCACGUUUAUGUACAGCCGCUAAAAGACCACCUGUGGAGGAAACAGCUAGCUUCUUACAAUCUCUUAUAUCAAGCCACGGACCUAAUUACCUUGAAAAAUUAUUUGGCAGCAAGGCAAGAGAUUCACUUCAACCUCUAGGUGGUGUUAACAAGGUGGCCAUCGCACUUUCUGAAUCUCAGACGAUUGAGGAUUUCGGAGCAGCUUUACACCUGAUGCGAUCGGAUUUGGAGUACUUGCGGUCGGUGUUUAUGGCGGUGGAAAACGGCGACCUUGGCAUGCUAAAGUCCCUCGGGAUCAAGGACUCCGAAUUAGGUGACGUGAAAUUCUUCCUGGAAAAGCUCGUCAACACCGGCUUUCUCGACUGAAUGUCAACCCGACUUCGGACUCAACAUCAACAAUUCGGCUUAUUUGGAAUUUUUAUUCUUCUCAUAUUUCUGAUAAUCGGCAAAUCAAGAAAUCUACCUCAGUGAAAAUUUACAAUUUUAAAAAUUAAAAAAGUGAUUUUAUUUACAGUGUUGUCGGGUCCGCUUUCAAAAUUUUCCAUAAUUCAAAAUCAAAGGAUUCUCCUAAAUGAAGACAAAAGAUUGCUAAGCUCAAGGAUUAACUCUAAUGGAUGCAAAUUUUUAAUCACUUACAACAUUCGUAUAUCUCGUGUAGUUAACUUUCCGCAUUUUUGCAUGAAAACAAAAAAAAGUAAUUUUACAAUGAAGAGAGAUUUGGGGUAAUAUAAUUAUAUUUAUUAAACAAUGCGAUGCCUAAGACGAUAGUGAAAAAAGAUGAAAAAAAGAAAGAAACUUAUUGCAACUUAAUACCCAACGAGAUUCUAUCUCACAGUGGGACAUUGAACAGAUUUAUUGUUCUUAAGUGACACAGUUCACCUACAAUCGAUAAUCUCUCCUGCAAUAGUGUGUGUGAGAGAGGUUUGUGUGACAAUCUUCCGCACGGAAAACAAGAGAGACUUUCCUCAAUGAUUCAGAAUAAAUCAAUGGACUUUUCUUAAUAUUCUGAUAAGCGGGAAAUAUCUCUCGAAUGUUUUUUACUGGAAAUAAACGACAGGAGCUUUUUACCAGACGGUAAAAAAUUAUUUGUCUCCAAAAAAAGAGAUUUUUAUCAUCUUCAAAAGAGUCGUGCCUCGUUCUCGCAAAUGCGAAGGUUGCUUCCAAGAGUCAAUUUUAACGAGCUUUUCCUGAUAAAAUUUUUUCUUGACUUUGUUUCCUUUUUUUCACUGUCACUCCAAUUUGAACUAAUGACUUUGGAGUGAGUUUGGAGUGACAUUUUUAUAGUGAAAUCCUAGUGAUUUUGUUUUCUUAGACAGUGAUUUUAAUGAGUGCUGUUGUUUUUUUUUUAGAAAAAAUAGAAUUGUCUUAGUUAAUAACUACUGUUGAUAACACUGGAUCUUUUUUGAUAAGGAACAGAUGUUUCUGAUGAAAAGAAAGCGUUAAGCUUUAACUUUGACAAUCAUUGUAAAUUGCUAUACCUUGAAUUGAGUUUUUGACUCUUCUUUCGAUGUCGACUCAUGGACACAUCGUCGCGAGAUAAAAUCGUCGAUUCAGAAAGAUCGUUGACAGGAAUAACAAAAAUCAACGAUCUAGGGUCAAAAGGCCAAGGAUUGCAGAUAGCAAUCUUAUUUAAAAUAACCAAUCCACCCAUGAAGACAUAUCAUAGUUCUAUUAUAAAAGGCCUGCUACGCGAUUGUAUCGCAGCCUCGAUUCAAAUAAUGAAAACAUAUCAUGAUACUCAUUAAAUCACUCGCUCCUCUUCAGGGUAAAUUUUCCAGACCAACCCUCUGGAAUUCCAUAAUCUUAAAAAGGUCUCUUAAUUCUCAGAAAAUUAAACAAAACACUUGUUUGGUAAUUAAUUUUUAAAAGACCUUUUUAGGAUUUAAAAAAAGGCAUUAACGCCAAGAAAUGAAAAAUUCUCUUGAAGUGAGAUUUCCGCUUUUGGAUAUGUGAAAAAGAAUUGCAGUCUCUCAUUAAAUGUUGAGAGGUCAUAUGAAUUCAAGUGCGAAUUUCCUCAAGGCUUUUUCAAAUGAGCGAGUGAAUUUUUGAGUAUUUUUUUCGGAGGAAAAAGAAAAGGAAUAUAUCGUAGUUAAUCAAGGUUCUCUGUUUGAGACCUCAAAGAAAUACAUUUGUCAAAUAAUGAUAAAUGUUAUUUUGCUAUAAUAUAAAACAAAAGGCUCUCUUAAGCCACUUAAUUGUGUAAUCAGAAGAGAGAUGAUUAUUACUACUACUAUUAUUAUUAUUAAAAUUUAUUGUCUGGAAUGAGAAAAUUAGAAAUUAGAAAUUCUGCGAAAAUAUGGUAUUUUGUGUAACAAUUUACAAACCAUAAUAAUGAAUCAUAGACGAGAGAGUCAACUUUUUUUUUGGAAGACAAAUAUGAGUAUCAAUAAUUUUAUUUCUAUAUAAUUUUUGUAUAUUUAACGAACGAAUAAACCGUAAGGAUUUUUAUCGUUUGUUAAAUAUACAAUUUUAUUCGUUAAAUGAUCUUUAUUUAAACAUUCGUUUUUAUUAUAUUGUUUUCAUUUCGUUAAUUGAAUACUUUUAUGUUUUAGAAGAGAAAUUUUCCUCUUAAAACAAAAAUCAUUUUUUUUUCGGUCAAAUGUUUUUCUUAUUAUUAGAUAUUACCUAUUGUUAUUAAAUUUUGUUUUAUUUUUCGAUGUUUAUCAUUUUUUUAUUUUUGUCUUCGAGGGAUACGUGGAAGCACUCAUAGUCCAAAAUAGGGCCUUGGCUUAUGAAGAAUAUGAAAGUGUGAAUAUAGAUUCAAAAAUAGGGUAUAAGAUUUUUCAUUUAAAAAAAAUGUUCAAAAAAUAAAAAAAAAUUGAUUAAAAUGAUUAAUUGUAAGAGUAAAUGAUAAGUAAUUAAAUUUCGAGAAAGUAAGGAAUCUAUUUUCUCAAUUUUAUAGAUCGCUUCCAAGUAAGUCACAAAGACGAAGUAA